AUGGUGGAGAGAGAGAGAGAGUUGGGGCAAACCGUCUUUUCCUCUGCUUCCCUUCUCUUCAUGUGCUUGGACGUUGAUUUCUAUGCCUACACUGUUUUCUGCUAUUUGGUGACAGUCAUGGGGUUGGUAAUUCCGUGGAGCAUAACAUUGUUGGUCGUAGACGCAUACUCUGUGUUUAUAAAAUGUUUACCUCAUCAAAGAAGACUCAUAUUCAUGAUCCUUUUGGGUGACAUGGUUUUGUCAUAUCUAUCGCUAGCGGCAGCGUGUUCGACGGCCGGCGUCACAGAUCUCCUGCUGGAUGCGGACGGAUCCUAUUGUCCGCCAAAGUUGUGCAGCAGAUAUCAGUUGUCUGCUGCUAUGGCCUUCUUGUCCUGGUUUCUUUCUUCAGCUUCUUGUCUGUUCAACUUUUGGAUUUUACCGUCUUUGUAAAUUAUUUUGCUGGCUGUUCAUAUGUAUGCAAAUGAUAAGUUUAUUUUUUCUUUCAAGGGAAUAAAGUUGUGAUGAAUAUAGUCAAUAAUAAUGUAAUAAUUGCUUAAUUGCUUUUAGUUCAAGAGAAAAAAGAAAAUUGAAGUUUC